AUGCAGCAACCUAAAGGUUUUGAGGACAAUAUAAAUCCUGAGUACGUCUGCCACUUAAAGAAGGCCAUCUACGGGCUCAAGCAAGCCCCAAGGCAGUGGUAUACCACAUUCACUACUCACCUGACUACUCUCGGAUUUCAGUACAGCAAGGCUGAUCCCUCCCUCCUGGUAUACUGUCGGAACAACAUUCAAAUGUUUCUUCUUGUUUACGUCGACGACAUUCUCAUUACCGGGAAUAACACCAAGGCUAUCUCCGAUCUUCUUCAUCAACUCCAUCUCAAGUUCACCAUGAAGCAUCUCGGCACUGCAAAUCAAUUCCUUGGCAUUCACAUUAAAACUCUACCAGAUGAGUAUUUUCUCUCGCAAUCUACUUAUGCACUUUCCUUGCUUCAACAAAUUAAUCUUGACAAAUGCAACUCUAUGUGUAAUCCUUCCUUCAUGAAACAGCCAAAACAAAUCAGCCCCGUCAACACUCUACCGGAUGCCACAACCUACAGGAGAAUUACCGGCGCUCUGCAAUAUCUUACUAUUACAAGACCCGAUAUAGCACACGCUGUCAACACUCUAUCACAGCAUCUGCAAGCUCCGGAACAAAUUCAUCUUUAUAUGCUCAAGAGGCUCCUCCGGUAUAUCAAAGGAACCAUCAAUUUUGGGCUACCUAUCAGCAAAUCCUCACUCACUCUUCGCACCUUUUCUGACGCCGACUGGGCAGGUGACCCAGUUACGCGAAAAUCUACAUCUGGUUUCUGCACCUUUCUCGGCGACAAUAUCAUUUCCUGGACUGCCAAGAAACAAACGACGGUCUCUAGGUCGUCCACCGAAUCCGAAUACAGAGCCUUAGCUGCGGCCACAGCGGAUACUAUUUGGCAAAAGAGGCUUCUUUCUAAUUUUCAAAUCAUUCACGAUGAACCAGUUGCUGUCUUCUGCGAUAACACGUCGGCGAUUGCUCUGGCGAACAACUCUGUGUUUCAUGCACAAACGAAACACAUCGAGAUCGACCAGCGCUUUAUCAGGGAUCAUAUUCAGCAGAAAAUAAUAAACCUGCUACCUAUCAGCACAGUAGACCAACUUGCGGACAUCUUCACCAAACCACUCCCUACUCUUCGCUUCAAGCAACUGCGACUCAAACUGACGAUUAACGAAGAAUCGGCAGUUUGCGGGGAACUGUUAACACCUAAUUAA